AAUUUUGUAAAUUAAAAAUUUGUAAAAUAUUGAGAUUACAAGUCUAGCCCUGAGGUGGCUAACAUCCAACGGUUACAAAGAAAAUCAUUUAGUCUACGGCUGGGAUGCAAAAUCUAAUAAUCAUAUACUUAGACUAUUUUUCCUCCGUCCAAUAUCAAUCUUCGUCUUCUUCCUCCGCAUCUAUCAAAAACACAGCCACAAACCCCAUAACUUCUUUCCUGAUUUCUUCAGUCACGAAGCCAUGGAAUCAAUUACUCUCCAAAAUCAAAACUCCAAUUUCAAUAAAUCGAAACCCCAACUUCUAAAUCAAACAAAAUCCCCAUAUACCGAAUCAAACAAAACCCUAAUUGAGUGAUUCAAAUCAACAUCUCAAUUUCAUUAAAUUGAAUCCUAAUUUCUGAAUCAAACAAAACCAUUAUUUACCGAAUCGAAGAAAACCCUUGUUUACUGAUUGAAUCAUAAUCUCAAUUUCAUUGAAUCAAAACCAAAAUUCCAAUUUCUACCACUAUUUGCUAAAUCAAAACCCUAAAUUCUGUAAAUAGAAACCCAAACUAGAGUGAUAGCUGCAACUUUUAUGGGUUGCAGACAGGAAAAUGGAGAUCGAGCAGGAUAAAUUGCAGCUGAUGAUUGAAGCAUCCAUGGAGAAGACAUGGUUUUAUACUUGAAUUGAAGCUUGUUUGAGAACUGGGAAGAAUACAGAUGAGGUUGGAUUUGAACUCAGAUGAGUUAGAGUUGAAUCUGUGAUGUUCUAGAAUUACAGGUUAGGGUCUGAGUGUUUAAUUGUGUUGUUGCUCGUAACUCUAAUCUCGUUGCUGCUUCUGCUGGUGUUUUUUUGUUCAUGGCAAUUUAUAGGGUUUUUUUUUCUGAUUUUUUCUUCCCAUUUUUUCUGAUUUCUGAGAUGCUGAUGUUGGGUUCAGACGAGAUGGUUAGAAGGUGAGUUCAUAAUUAAUGAAGAAAUUGGCAGCUGUGGUUUGAGUUAAUUUUUAAUUUGGCAGGAUGGUUUAAUCACGAAUUGAUAUUGAAAUUAGGGUUCUUAUAGCUUUGAGAAGAAUGGUUUUUGUUGUCUCUGUAAUUGAAGGAAUAUUGCAGCUGAGUUUGAAAUGGAUUUGAAGAUGGGUUGAUUUGAAGUUCGAAUUAGAUGAGAGGAAUUGGAAGUCAGGGUUCAGUGAUGCUAUGAUUUUGUGGUGAUCAGUGGAUUUGAGAUGAAAGUGUUGGUGGUGUUGCUUCAAAAUAAAAAAUCAAUCUCAGAUGGGUUGUGAUGUGCAGGUGACUGAGAUGAUGUAUUGCUGCCAUUGUUGUGUGCAAAGGGUGCUAGAGGAAUUUUAAUUGAAAUUGGCAGAUUGGUUUGUGGUUGAAUUGCAGAAUGUUGUGCUGGUUCUGGGUAAUGUGUUGUAGAGGAUGCUGUUGUAGAGAAGGUGGUGGUGUUGAGUUGACGUAGCAGAUUAAUGAAAUAAAGGAGAUGGUGGUGCUAGGGAAAAUUUGGAAAGUGAAGGUUAUUAUAGUAAAUGGGUCAUUAAUUAAUUAAUUUAAUUUAAUUUAUUUAUUGUUUUAAUAAUAUCUAAACAGAAGUUAGGAUUUAACCGAGUCAAUAUGGGUCGUCUGGUCCAGGUACCAAGCACAAGCACUAACGUUGGACAAAUGUUAGACCAAAGCCUAGUGUUGGGCAAAACCUGAAUAUUAAACACAAAUUAUUCCAAUAAUCAUUCAUUAAUUAAGCAUCGAGUAGAUUUCCACAUAAUUACGCAACCGACUUCAUUCUUCGGUCAAUACUUCGGUAGGUCCAUCACUUCACCUUCCAUGCAUCAUCAACCAUGAUUUUAUUCUUGACCCAAAUUCCGCAUUCAUUAAAUAAUCAAAUCCACCCCAAGAUUUCUAGUCCUUGAAGGAAAAUAAAUCCCUCAUAAUUCCACAAGUAUAUAUUGGGAGAUAUCAGAGGGAAAUCAUAAAGAAGAGAUCAAAAGUGAUCUGAGAAACGAUUUGAAAAAAUGGGUUAUGAAUUGUUUGUUAUAGUAGGAAGGUGUAAGAAACAUCCACAACAUAAACAAUCACCGGGAGUAUGUUCAUGUUGUUUAAGAGAAAAGCUUUAUUAUGUUGUUAAUAUUAACAACAAUUUCACUGCUACUAAUUCUACCGCUUCAUCUCUUUUCUGGUCUUCUUCUUCUCAUAUUCCUUCUCCAACUCAUGGUCAACAACAGCAGCAGCAGCAGGAAGAAAAAGCUUCUACGUCGUUAGAAGUCAUUAGUGGUCAAAAAGUAUCAACAAACUUAAUUAGAAAUGGUGUUAAGAAAGAUGAACAAGAGUUUAAACGAAGUCGUUCGUUGGAGGUUGUUAUAAGGAAGAAAUAUGUUGUUGAUGAUGAAGUUAUAGUUGAAGAUGAUAAGAAACUUAAUAAGAAGAAAUUUGGUCGUGGGUUUUGGUUAAGAUUACUGAACAAACCGACACCUUCUACUAAUAAAAGGAACGAUAAGAUGUCCAUGAUGAUGCAUUCCAAGACAAUGACUGAAAAACGGACACAAAGAGUUUAAGUUCAUCGUGUAAUCGGAAUAGACCAUGAUCGGAAUACAGAUUCGACAGUUCUUGAGUUUACCGGUCAUUCUCUCUUCUUAUGUUUUUUUUGUGUGGGUAUUUUUUCAUCUUCUUUUUUUUGGAUACGACAUCAUUGUGAUCGUGUAGUUGAGAGAGGAAAAACUAAACAAAAGAAAUUCAAAGAUUGGGACAGUGAAGAAAACAAGAUAGUUGUCUAGUCUUUUACGUGUACAAAUUUAGUUGUUGUGAUUAGAGGUUUGAAUAAGUCUCAAUGAUUUUCUAUGUAAGUAUUAUAUAUUGGGUUGAACUUUCCUGAAAACUAAUGGCUUUGUCACUCUCACACAUAUUUUUGUUUAUUCAAUUUCCACUUUUUUA